CUUCCUGCACUCUAUAUAUUGCCAUAUCCCAACUCUUUUCUCUUCACUCCAAACCUACUCCUCUACUUGUAAAGCUCAUCCGAGUUGCUUACAGUAUGCCCUCUUCUGUUCCCUCCAAGAUUCUUAGCUUUCUUCUAGUACUGGUCUAUUUGAUUAAUAUCAGCUCAGCAGCAAGAAAAUUAAGCGAGACAGAGCAACCUCUGCUACAUUAUCACAAUGGUCCUCUUCUUAAUGGCAAAGUUUCCAUCAACUUAAUUUGGUAUGGUAAAUUCAAGUCUUCUCAACGUGCAAUUGUAACAGAUUUCAUUACCUCUCUCUCAUCUUCUAAAUCUCCACCAACCCAACAACAACUCUCUGUUGCUAAAUGGUGGAAAGCUACUGAGAAAUACUACCAUCUCAUCAAAUCCAAGAAAACACCUUCUCUUGAGCUUCUUCUAGGGACCCAAAUUCUUGAUGUGAACUAUUCUUUAGGCAAAUCGCUUUCCAAUAAGCAAAUUAUUCAAUUAGCAUCGAAGGGUGGACAGAAAGAUGCUAUCAAUGUGGUUCUGACAGCGGCUGAUGUACUAGUUGAUGCGUUUUGCUCUAGCCGAUGUGGCACCCAUGGUUCUUCCAUGAGUGCUCAGAAAACCAAUGGCAAGACUUCCAAAUUUGCUUACAUCUGGGUUGGGAAUUCAGAGACCCAAUGCCCAGGUCAAUGUGCCUGGCCAUUCCACCAGCCAAUCUACGGACCACAGGGGCCACCUCUGGUUGCACCCAACAAUGAUGUGGGUCUUGAUGGCAUGGUGAUCAAUUUGGCUAGCCUUUUGGCUGGAACUGCUACAAAUCCAUUCGGAAAUGGCUACUUCCAAGGUCCAAAGGAGGCUCCUCUGGAGGCUGCAUCUGCUUGUCCUGGGGUAUAUGGCAAGGGAGCCUAUCCUGGCUAUGCUGGGAAUCUGCUGGUGGACACUACAACUGGUGCUAGCUACAAUGCUCACGGCGUCAACGGCAGGAAAUACUUGCUUCCUGCUUUAUUUGACCCCUCAACCUCAACUUGUUCGACUUUAGUCUAAGAAGAGAUCAUGUUACUUGCUUAUAUGUUAGUGUACAUCAUAUAUACAGAGUGUAUAGGAGUUUGCAUUAAAGAGACUGUUGAUAUUCUUUUACAAACUUAUUCAUUCAUUUGUAUUAAUAAAAAUCCAGUAAUUCUCUUCAA